UGAUACUUUCUUUACUGUUUUCUAGGUAGAUCAAUAGUUUGAUUUUAUCCCACUAAUUUGCAUUGAUCUUUAACCCAACGCUUCAUUUACAUGAAUUAAGGAAAUGAAAAGUGUUUGGAAUGAUCUCACUUUUAUUAGUCCAGCCUUAAGUUUUGGUAUGAAACUUGGGUCAUAGUUCUCUAGAAGCAUUAGGAAGAAAUAUGACGGAUUAGAGAUGAUUAAUAUGUUUCUCUCAAAAUUAAUGAAACAGCAGGAUGAUGAGUGAGACUUCUGAAAAGAAACUUGUGAGAAUUGACGUUACUUCUGAUACUGUGUGCCCAUGGUGCUUUGUUGGCAAAAAGAAUUUAGAUAGGGCAUUAGCUGCCUCCAAUGAUAAAUACUACUUCGAGGUAACAUGGCAUCCGUUUCAACUUGAUCCUGAAGCUCCUAAAGAAGGCAUUGACAAAAGGGAGUAUUACAGAAGAAAGUUUGGUUCCCAAUCAGAACGGAUGGAAGCUCGGAUGUCAGAGGUGUUCAAGAAUGUUGGUCUGGAGUAUUGUUUGUCUGGACUCACGGGAAACACUAUUGACAGCCACAGACUUAUAUAUUUUGCAAGACAGCAGGGUCCUGAGAAGCAACAUCUUCUAGUUGAAGAACUUGCCAUAGGCUAUUUCACACAGGGAAAAUACAUUGGUGACCAUGAGUUUCUUCUUGAAUCUGCUGCAAAGGUUGGUAUAGUUGGAGCAGAAGAGUUUCUUAAGGAUCCCAACAAUGGUCUGAAGGAGGUUGAGGAGGAGCUUAACACGAUUUCUCGAAACAUUUCAGGGGUUCCAUAUUAUGUGAUUAAUGGAAAACACAAGUUGAGUGGUGGACAAAUCCCUGAAGUCUUCUUGAAAGCUUUCCAAGUUGCUACAACUUGACUUUCAGCUCUUAGCAGUUUCUAUUAUACAAUAAGGAUGAAACCUUGGAAAUGAAAAGUUGGUCUUCAGAGUUUUAUAGCACUCUAUCAUAUGUGAAACUUCUAUUGACAUGCAAGAGAAUGUUUAUGUUUUACAAUAAUGUGUAUAUAGUGUGUCUUUGCCCUUGUUUAUCGGAUAGCCAUAAUAAAUUCAAUGUCUUUGCUAUUUA